CCGAUCUUCAGGAAAAACUUGUCUUGUUCUUUUGGACCUGCAAUACGAAUUAAGUGGCCGUUUAUUUCUAAACCAUUUCAAAUACCUGCAAGUGUUUUGAGCCGGCAAAAAAAGUUUUAAAGACAUUUAGUAUAGAUUCUAGUUGCAAAACUUUUAUCUCUCUCUCCUUUCUUUAAUUAUAUCCACCCACAACGUUCCCCUGGUCUGUUUUUCGAUAAAAUUACGUACAAAUUUCAGUUUGUAAUUACUUACAGUUACAGAAGGGCUUCUCAUUUCAGUAUCUGCGAGGUCACCAAAAUGUCUGGAUACCACCACCACCAUCAGCAGCAAGACCCACCUCGAGCUCCCAAUCCUCUAAUCUCUGUACAAGGGAACACUGUGAAGAUCUACUGUGAAGCUGAUCCUGAUUACUAUCUGGCCAAUCUUAAUGGUCACGUAAUCAUGGCAGCUGCUAAUGAGUCUGACCCAAAUCAGCAAUGGAUCAUGGACACUUCAUGGACUGUGAGGGCAAAGGAUGAAGCAGGAUUCCCUGCAUUUGCCUUGAUAAACAGGGCUACAGGCCAGGCUCUAAGGCAUGGACGUUCAGAGAGUGAAAGGGUUACCUUAGGUCCAUAUCGCCUUGAUGAUUUCAAUGAGGCUGUUCUGUUCACCCAGAGUGGCUAUGUAGGAAAGGGGUAUCAGUGCAUCAGACCUGUGAACAACAUUCAAUUCAAUCUGGAAGCCAUGUUUCAAGUUGAUAAACAUCAUCGCGGACUCUAUGAAGGAGCAGAGAUUUCUCUGUUCAAAUGGAACAAGAAGGAGAAUCAGAAAUGGAAGAUCACUCCCAUCUUGAGCUCAUCCCAUGGAGCAUCUCGGCCUGGUUCAUUACCUCCUCAAUCUAGUGGGGAGGAGCCUCAGGGUCCAUCAGUUAGGGUUUAUUGCGAAGCCAAUCCAAACUUUUUCAUGGCUGCCCGGGGCCAUCUUGCAACACUUGCUUUAGGAAUCCCACAUGAUCCCCACCAGCAAUGGAUCAAAGUGGAUUCAUGGGGGCUUAAAGUGAAGGAUGAAGUUGGAUUCCCAGCCUUUGCAUUGGUGAAUAAGGCUACAAAGCAGGCUCUAAAACAUGGAAAUCAAGAGUGGGAUCAGAUAUACUUGGCUGAUUACAACCCCAACAAGUUGGAUGAAUCAGUUCUCUGGACCCAAAGUGCAGAUGUUGGGCAUGGUUACCAAUGCCUUAGGCCUGUAAACAACAUCCGUCUCAAUAUGGAUGCCAAAGGAGCUAAUGGUGAAACUGGUGGAAUCCAUCAUGGAAAUGAGCUCAUUCUCUUCAGCUGGAAUAAGCAAAGCAACCAGAAAUGGAAGCUGCAGCCUCCUUAGAGGAAGGAAGGUUUUUGUUUGGUGAAUUUCAACUAAAGGAGGAGGAGGAGCUGCAAUAGUUUAGAUCUGCUUUUUGUCAGCAUAGGCUGUUUAGCUUUGAAGGAAUAUAUGUUGCAUAUUUUUGGCUCACGAUGUGAAGAGGGAGAUCUAAAGAAGGGCAUUUUUUCUUUCUUUUUACAAUUAAAGAAGGCAUUAUGGCAAGUAAUAUGUUGGGCAUUGGAUUGUAUGUAUAGAAAAAUAUCUCAAUUCUAUUGGUAUAUUUUCCAAACAAAUAUGUCAAUGGAAUAGAUUUCUAU